AUGAAAACCAUACGUCGCCGAUUACAUGAACAUUCUGGAAUUUGGUAUAUGUUAACCUCAAAUUUCAUUUUCACUUGCUGCACGUUUGCUCUCAAACUAAUACCAGCUGAUAUGUUUGAUAUUAUGAUUGUUCGGUUUUUAAUUCAAUCUAUUAUUUUUGGUGUAUUUACUAUUUUUUAUAAACAUUAUAAUGUAUUUGAUACAAAUGGACAACCUGUUGCUUGUAUAUUAAAUAUUUUAAUGUCAAAUGGUACAAAUUUGUUUUAUUUAGCUGCAUUCUAUUUUGUUCCAUUAUCCGACGUAAAUACAAUCAAAUAUACUUAUAUUGUUUGGGCAGCAAUAUUAGCUGUUGUAUUUCUUAAGGAACGUUUCAAAAUUGUUAAUGCUAUUUCAUUAUUCUUAACGUUUAUUGGGCUCAUACUCACUACUAAGCCACAUUUCUUUAUGAAAACAUUAGUUCAUAUAUUUGUUCGGAUAUUGUCAUUAUCAUCGUCAUCAUCAGUAUUAAUUACGACAACAAUAACGACAACAACUUUAAACACAACUAUUGCUACUACUGCAACUUCUUCAUCUUAUUAUUAUUUAGGGAUUGGCUUAGCUUUUUUAUCAGCUUUGGCAAAAGCAAUACAAGUGAUUGCUCGAAAACAAUUACUCAUAACAAAACAACCACAUUCUGUUAUGAAUUUGCAGUUUACAAGUACUGCUCUAUUAAUUUUAUUGAUCUAUAGUAUUAUUCGUCGAUUUUGGCAACCGGAAUCAUAUCCAUGGAAAUGGAUGGGUACCGUAGGUGUUAUUAUUGCUUUUUUUCAAUUAUUAGCAAUUAUAUUUUUUGCAAAAGCACUAAAACGAGAAAAUGUUCAAUUAAUAGCAAUUAUUAGUUCACUUGAUAUAGUUUAUGCUGUUCUAUUACAAUAUAUAUUUUUUGGUGAAACAAAAUCUUGGAUAUUUUAUGUUGGAGCAUUUCUUGUUGUUCUAUCGGCGAUUAUCCUUUCAGUUGACUAUCAUGUAACUAAUGAGCAAGAAAGCAAAACUCAGACAACUCAUGAUGAAAAUCGCGAAACUAAUAAUAGUGUAUGA